AUGGGCUUCACCGUCGUUGAUGAGGAUUACGAGCCUUCCAUCACCAGCUGCACCAGCACGAGCACCUCGUGGAUUGUUGUGUCCGAUUCCUACUGCUUUAUGUUGGAUGACAUCUUCAAGACUCGGAACCACGGCGUGGAUCUCUUCAUCAAGGGGAGCGCCCUCAUGAAAGGAUCCCAGGUCCUGGCCGUGGACGAUGAGACAAUGCUGACCGUCGUUCAGAAGCCGGAGGUCCGUGAAGCCACGGAGGUCGUCGACUUGCGUGCCGGGCAUGCCAUGCUGCGAGUGACACUUGACCAUCCCGUUUGCGUGCCAGAUGGACAUGGCGAGUUCUGCAUGACAGAUGCCUGCUACAUCCCGGCCGGGGCCUUGAAAGAAGGUGAUCUGGUGGUGCUCGAAAGUGGAGAGCCGGCGCCCCUUACAGAGGUAUGCAGGAAGCAAGGCGUUUGCGAUGUGCUGAAAAUCGUCUUCGACCAGAACAUGCCCAUCGCAGUCUUCUCUGAGCCGCCCAGCAUCUUGAGCAAAGGCUUCAAGAAGAAACCCGUCCGCCGCGGCGGCAUGUGCUCCCGCAGCCGGCCAGCCGGGGAUGGGCAAAACAGCAUUCCCAACACCGCCGGCAGGCUCAGCGACUGA